CCUCCUCUCAUCGUCCCAAGUCUUCCUUGAUCGAUCCUCAGAAUUUAGAAUGGGUGCUUGGAUUUCAAGACAAAAGAAAACAGACGAUGGGGACUACGAGAAAAUCUUAUCAGAACUUGACGACAAGGUCCAAAAGGCUGAAGUGAAGCUUUCUGAGAUCAAGAUACGGGAACGUCGAAUAAAUGUUAUGUUUAUGCUUUACGGACUCGCGCUGUGGGCUAUAUACCUAGCUUAUUGCUUUGCAACCUUACAUAACGCAGACGUCGAGUUCGAGACCUUUGCUCUCAAAGUAGCCCCCGUACUCCUAAUUCCGGUAAUCAUUUACCUCGGCAGACGAGGAUUGAAGUGGUUUUAUAAUCGAAAGCAGGCAAACGAAGAGUCGAAUCUGUCGAGCCUUCGCUCUAAGCAAAAACUCAAAGUUGAAGAGCUCAAGAAGAAGACAUCCUAUUACACUACCAAAUCGCUCCUUGAGCGUUACGAUCAGACGUCAUCGCCAAAGGCCAAGCCAGCGCCACCAUCGUCUCACCCUGGUUCCUCUAACAAAGGUCGCGAAAGAAAUCCACAAUUUCCCCAAGGCCUACAAGCUUCUCAAGGUCGCUCCUCUCAAAUGGCACCUAACUAUCCCGUCCCUAAUCGAGCUGCGAACCCAAAUAUGCAACCAAACAGUCUUUCUAAAGCCCAACCUCUUCAACUUGGACAACCUAUGCCCCAAUUGCAGUUACGCCCUUCAGUACCAACAGAGCGUCAGUGGUAUGAUAAAUUAGUGGAUGCCCUAGUGGGUGAAGAUGGUCCAGAAACGAAAUACGCGCUGAUCUGUAAUCACUGCUCUACUCAUAACGGGUUGGUUCUUCCUCAAGAGAUCGAAACAAUUCAAUACAUAUGCCCCAAAUGUGGACAAUUCAAUCCUUCUAGACGCUCACGACAGCUCCAUCCUGGCGGCCCUGUCCUCCCACCUGGUGUUUCACCCGCCAACAGCCGAUCUUCUUCGCCAAACGUUGCAAGGAGUCUGAGUAGAGGAGCAGAGGUACAUCGACCCACUUCACAGGCAAGGGAUAGAUCAGUUGACAGCGAUCAUCGAGGUCGAUCAACGUCUUCGCGUCGCGUUAUGGCAUCCAGAGACGAUACCCUCGAUGAAAAUGAGGAACAAGAAGACACAGAUCAAGUAGAGUUCGAAAAACACUCUUUGAAGAGCAGUUCACCAACUUCUGGCGAAGAACCAGAUACGAUUGCAUCUCGUGUCAGGCAGCGAAAAAAGGCUGUGUCUGUGGAAGAGGAUGAAUGAUGUGUUGUGCUGUACUUUUCUAUAAUGUACCAAAGCCCCACUAUAUGCCCCAUGUUAGCAUGUUUUCGAUAAAAUAGCACACAACACAGAUGUAACCGCCACCUUUUAUCAAUAUGAUUGGAUGGGUCGUUUUUGCUAGCUUGCAAACGAAGCAUCAGUCGAUAAGUUAAAUUUUAAAGAAAAAAAAAAACGUCAAUCUCUCCCCAAAUACCAUGUUAAUAUUGUUGUUAAAAAAAUGUAUUCAAAUGUCUGGUCUGUACUCGACUGACAGCACUUUAGCCAAUAUGACAGCGAAAGAAUGCUACCCGACAUAUAACUACAGGAUCUAAGUGUGAAUGUACAUGGUGUGUGGAGAUGCUUUACGAUUUACCAUUCUAUGUCUGCUGUAUCCUCUUCACUAUCCUCAUCAGAUGAUGAUUCCUCUUCAACUUGAACUGCGCCGUUGACCUUUCCAUUAAUGUUCAACUCUGUAAAAUUUAAGUACGUA